GAUAAGAAAGCUCGAGUACUUUACUGAAGCUCCCAAGGCAGAACAGCCCUAAAUCUUUAAGUUCCGUUCGAUCUUGAUCAACUAUUACCGUGCACCGAGUUACCCAAUGUGCAAUCCCGAAUUAUCAUGCACAUCGUAAUUACAUCCUUAGUGCACGUGUGACCGUGUGCAGCCGCGCGUAAGGCGCAUCGUGUUACGUAAACCCAAAUUCGUAUUCUAACGCGGUGUCAGUUCCUCCACGGGUUUUGUUUCCGAAACGGGACCAAAACGCCUGAUCCCUGUCAAGUGUCAAUCAAGUUUAGUGUGUGAUGUUUCAAAGCCGUGGAUGUGGCAAGUGCUCGGAAUGAGAGGCGUCUGAGAACUCAAUUAACAGUUGAUUUUGGUUGAAACGAGGAAGAAAACAGGAUAAUUUAACAUGGGGAAUCUAAUCACAUGUGGACCGAAUAGAGCCAUCAUUAUUUCAGGAGGAUGCUGCGGCUCCGCAAACAAAAGGACCAUCGUUGGAGGUUGGGCAUGGGCCUGGUGGUUCGUUACCGAUGUCCAAUAUCUAUCCUUGGAGGUGAUGACAUUGAACCCCAUGUGCCAGAGCGUGGAAACAUCUCAGGGUGUGCCCUUGACCGUGACCGGUGUGGCUCAGUGCAAAAUCAUGAAAGCUGACGAACUCCUGCAAACGGCCUCCGAGCAGUUCCUCGGCAAAUCCACAAGAGAAAUCGAAUCCACCAUCCUUCACACCCUCGAAGGCCACCUCCGUGCAAUUUUAGGUACCCUGACGGUGGAGGAGGUGUACAAGGACCGGGACCAGUUCGCGGCGUUGGUGCGGGAGGUGGCUGCCCCUGACGUGGGCCGCAUGGGCAUCGAAAUCCUCUCAUUCACCAUCAAAGACGUCUACGACAACGUCCAGUAUCUGGCCAGCUUGGGCAAGGCACAGACGGCCGCCGUCAAGAGGGACGCUGACGUUGGCGUCGCCCAGGCCAAUCGGGACGCCGGAAUCCGGGAAGCUGAAUGCGAAAAGUCAGCAAUGGAUAUCAAAUACAACACAGACACAAAGAUUGAAGAUAAUUCCCGAAUGUACAAACUUCAGAAAGCCAAUUUUGACAAAGAAACCAACACUGCUAAAGCAGAGGCACAGUUGGCCUACGAACUCCAAGCAGCCAAAAUUCGACAGAAAAUCAGGAAUGAAGAAAUUCAAAUCGAGGUUGUUGAAAGGAGGAAGCAGAUUGAGGUCGAGGAGCAAGAGGUUCAAAGGAAAGAACGCGAACUUAACGCAACAGUCAGACUUCCGGCCGAAGCAGAAAGCUACAAGGUUCAAACAAUUGCCGAAGGAAAAAGAACUCAGACAGUAGAAGUCGCCAAAGCUGAAGGAGAGAAGACCAAACUUGUAGGAAGUGCUGAGGCCUUUGCCAUCGAAGCUAUCGGGAAAGCUGAGGCAGAGAGAAUGAAGUUGAAGGCAACGGUUUAUAAAAGUUACGGAGAUGCUGCAAUCAUGUCGCUUGUCCUCGAUGCAUUACCAAAGAUCGCAGCAGAAGUUGCAGCUCCGUUAGCUAAAACGGAGGAAAUUGUUCUAUUAGGCGGCAGCGAUAAUUUAACAAAUGACAUUACUCGACUAUGUGGUCAGCUACCCCCUGCUGUCCAAGCAUUGACUGGCGUUGAUGUGACGAAGGUUCUCAAUAAAGUUGCGGGUACAAAAGCUUAAUACUGCAAUUAAUUUCAAGAGUGUACUGACAUUUAUUUCUAAACUCCAUGUCUCAGUUAUAUAUCAAAAAAAGGUAUUGGCACAAAAUGGCACAACUUAUUCUAAAUUUCAAUGUCAAGAAUUGAUUCUUGUCAUGAAAGAAUUGAAUGUCCACCAACACCUACCAACCCUCGAAAGCUUCUUUAGCAUAUAUACUUCCACUCGUGCCAUUUUCAAUUUUUGAGUAUCAUAAUUUUUAGCGUAAUAAAAUCAGCAAUAUUUUAUUGUUUGUAAAUCAUCAUUUAAAUGUUUUUAGUCAAUUUUUAAAAGACCUAGGUAAUGUUUUUAAGCUGGAAAGUCUCCAUAAACAGCUUUUCAAUUUUUUCUUCCUCCUAAAAUAGAUAUAGAGAACUUGAAGGUUAAAAAUGAAAAUUGUACAAGUAUAUAUUUGGAGAUAGGCUAAUUUUGCAGCCUUUUCGAUUUAAACUUUUCAGAAUAUUAUCAGCGCAUUUUUUUACGAUAUCAUGGGUAUGUGAAUUUUUCCUUGGAUCUGCCCCAAACUUUUUUUCCUCAUUGAACUAUUUACUUUAGAAUACUCAAGAUCAAAGCUUAUUUUUAUAUUUAUAAUUGCAUGCAUGUCUUUCAUGUAUUUUUAAUUUUCUCUGAAUGUUUUACCUGCAGAAACCUUAAGCAAAAUAUAUAAGUACCCCCAACGAUCAUGAUUUUAAACAUAACUUUUUUAUUAUCUGUAAGUUCAAAUUUUCAGCUCUGCAGUCUCCCUAAAUGUAUGCAGUGCCUUUCUUUUUUGAACUUUUCCUGAGUAUUUAGAAACGCACUGAGUUUACAGCAUCCAUGGACCACUGGACAAGGUGCAAAUUUAAGCAUUACGUAUGAUAUGUAUUUUCUGACACAAAUUUCACAUACAAUGAUCACAAUGAUUUGUUCAACAAGCAUUAUUAAAAGUAUAACUUCUAAAUAAGAAAUUGACGUUUCCCCAUGCAAGAAUUUAAAUUUCCUGAUUAUCAAAACCAUAUCCACUAGAGUUAGAUCGAAUAGGUACUAAACAUUACUAUUACAGUCUGUGUAGUAGGUUUAGGAAAAUAUGGCAACCUCAUUAUUGGCGUUUCAGCUCAGCUGUUCCAAGUUGUGCCUACUUUGAGCAACACAGGGCAGGAUAGGAACACUGCUUAAUUAUGCUGCCUGCCAUAACUGCUGUAGUGAUCUAAGGGGACUGUGAUUUUUCUUGUGAGCAAGAAAUUCAAAUUACAUGCAAGGUUCAAAAUAAACGUUAAUAUCUUGCAUUAAAGUUGAUUCCAGUAAUUUUUCCUGCACCGACCAAGUUCUUUGUGAAAUUUUGAAGAUGAAACAUAUAUUUGAAUGCUUUGAUUUGUACUUUUUCUAAUGAGCCCUUGAAAUUUUGGCAAUUUUCUCUUGCUUUUACAUCAACUCUGCAAUUGAAAACCGCCAAAAUUUUGGUUGCCUACCAAAUUUUAAAGAGCUUUAAAAACGAAUUUUUAAUCUGCAUUUAACAGUGUUUCAAACUGCCACCAUAUUUUUGAAUUCCAAGGAUAAAUUUAGAAUAUUUAUGCUCGAUUAAACCUACUUUACGACGCGUGUACUAGCCUUGCCUCAUUUAUAAAUAAUAUUGUUUGUUUAUCUAAAGUAAGAUAUCAGUGAUCAUCUUUCCUUGCACUCAUGCAAUUGCCAGGAUUAAUAAAUGUCUGUUGAUUCAAGGAACAGAAUAGAUUGUAGGAUGUGCUUUUAGUGAAAGUAUAAAAUAAACUUUAAAAAAAUUACACAUUGCUAAUUGUGUUCAAUCACUUACUCUCUCAGAUGAUUUUAUAUAUUUUGUAAAACUCCCUCUUUGUGGCUUUUUAUCUUUUUUUUCUUUAUUGUAAUGAUUAUUUUCAAAUCAUAUUAUUCUUGACCAGGUACUUGUUGGUAUCUCAAGCUUUUUGUUUAAUUGUUUUCGCUUUCAUAUUAUUUGCAGUGCUAGAAUUAUUCAGUGUAACUGUCGUUAUUUUUAAGUUUAUACUUUUUGAGGUACCCAUCUUGAAUUAUUUCUCUACAUUAAAUUUCUGUGCAGAUAAUCAUUACUACUCAUUCAGUUUUAAAAAAAUAAAUUGUUUUUAUUUAUCAA